AUGCACAUCCUUCUCCUCAGCACAUCAGACCAAAACGGCUCUUCAGUUCUCCAAUAUGCUAUAUCCAGAAACUACACCGUCACAGCCCUUCUUCCAUAUGGUUCAUAUUCAUCAGACCACGCCAAUAUUACUCUUAUCACUGGCUCGUCUACAUCGCAGCGCGAUCUCGAAGCAGCACUGCAGACACCGACGUUCCCAGAAGCUGUCGUUGUAGCCUUCGACCAUACCAAUAUCUGGGAGUUGGUUGCUCGAGCGCUCCUAAAAGCUAUCACUGCUGUAAAUCUACGGAAGCGAACUGAACUGAAGUCUUCGUGUUCGAAAACAUCCUUACCUUUUCGCCUUGUGUUCACCCACAGCAAUGCAGCGCAAAUGGGGCGACAUGAUUACAACAGAGUUGAUGCCAUUGUGCGGGAGAGUGGUUUACCCUUCGUACUAGCUCAACGUCCUCGCAUCUCCAAGAUAUCUAGGAUAAUACGUGCUUCUCCAUGCGACGGACGUGGUGUUGCUUGGAUGGCUGCUAUCAAAAGAGACAGUAUGACAACCGACACAGUUCAAAACAAUGAACCAAACGAGGAUGUGCCUAGUUUGGUAGAAGCUACGAAUAUAGGGAAAUCGUGA